GGCAUACAGCUGAAACAAAUGAUCGAUAUGCCAGCCAACAACAAAACACUCAUCUGGCAGAAAGUUGGAUAUUAAAACCAGAACAAUAUAAGUAACUAUGACGUCGGAAAAAAAGAAAUUCACGUACCCGGCAGCGGACCGUAACAAAGAGCCGAUCCUGCAAGUUCUCAAGCAGUACAUCGACGCCGAAGCUUGCGACCAAAAAUUACUGGAAAUCUCGUCAGGCUCGGGUCAGCACGUGGCUCACUUUGCGCCGCACUUUCCCAAGCUCGCCUUCUACCCUUCGGAGUACGAUCAACGACUGCUCGGCAGCAUCGAGGUCUACACCGAGGGCAUGAGCAACGUUCGGCCUCCCUGUCGGAUCGACGUCAGCGAGGAUCACGAGCAGUGGCCGGAAAAGUUCCCGGAGUCGAGCUUCGACUACGUCUACAAUUGCAAUCUUUUCCACGUCUCGCCGUGGAAGUGUUCCGUCGGCGUGUUCAGAAAUGCGGGAAAACUCUUGAAAGCCGGCGGCUUGCUGAUAACGUACGGUGCCUUGGCGAUCGACGGGGUCAUAGCCCCCGAGAGUAACGUGAUGUUCGAUGAGAAUAUCAGAUCGCAAGAUCCCGAGUGGGGUAUCAGAGAUCUGGCCGAUCUCUCGAAAGUUGCUAAAGAGCACGGCAUCGAGUUGCAAAAAGUCAUCGAUAUGCCGGCCAAUAACAAGAUUGUGAUAUGGAAAAAAGUAGUCGAGUAAAUCGGAGAUUGGCCAAUUUUCAAUGUUAAAUCUGUGACCGUAUUUUUUAUUGAAUGUUCAUAUA